AAGGAAUCCUACAAAUUGCAAAUGGAUCUCAAUAAUCUCAUGAAGGAUGGCUCAGAGGAAUCGAAGGAAACUGCUAGUCAGCUAAACAAAAUUUUUAAGGAAAGGAGCUCUUAUAGCUACGGUGACAAUGGGAUGCUGUCUACCUUAUGGUCGGAAUGUCCGCUAUUGGAAAAUGGAACCCUUACAACUACGGUGGACAAUGGAAUGCUGUCUACCUUAUGGUCGGAAUGUCCGUUGUACCUGCUUUCCGCAGGCCAUCGUGAUACUUUUUGCGAUGUCAACGUUUUUUGGAAUAAAAUUGAACUAAAUAGACGGCUACAGGAUCAGUUACAGACCGCAGAGGUUAUUGUUUACUUGUUUCUUCAACAAAUGUUUCCGCAAAAACCUUUGCAACAACAAUUAGAAACGUUCAUUCAGCUAUCGAAAAAUGUUAACGACGCAUUG